AAUUCCAAGUCUAAAAUAGGGCUAAGCUAAUGUUGCGCAAAUAAAUUUGGGGAAAAAAUUCGCUACUUCUAAUCCGUCUAAACAGUCUAAUCCGAUCCAAUCCAUUAGCAAGCCAGUCGUCAAAUCGUUCAUUAGUGCGUUUUUUGUUGCAAUGAAAUGAACGUGUGCGCUCGUUAUCGACUUUGGCAAUCUAUAUUGACGUUUUUCUUGUGCAUGUGAACCUCGUAUUCAAUCUUGCCGUGUUUAUUGACCUCCACAGUUUGCAAAGUGACUUAACAUGAAGAUCAACCGCUACAAACGUGUCCAGAAGCAUCUAACCUUCUACAAAAACGUGUUCAGCUUCCGACCCCCUUACCAAAUCCUCGUGGAUGGAACUUUCUGUGCAGCUGCGUUGAAGUACAGAGUGAACAUUCGCGAACAGAUGCCUAAGUACUUGGGUGACGAAGUGAAACUUUGCACGACGGUAUGCGCUAUUAUGGAGACCGAAAGGUUAGGUCCACCGAUGUACGGCACGAUGCUUGUCAUCAAACAGUUUCCUGUCAGAAUUUGCGGACAUGAAAAAAAUCCGAUUGGAGCUGCAAGUUGCUUUCACAAUAUGGUACGCAAAGGGAAUCCCGAUCAUUACAUGGUAGCCACGCAGGACCCAGACUUCAGUGAACGAAUUCGAGCUUUGGCCGGCGUGCCCCUGCUGUUCAUGUGCAACGCGAUAAGCAUGGAGAAACCGUCAGCAAAAUCCUUCAAAGUAGCCGCUGAAACUGCGCUGGAGAAGGUGAAGACACCUGACUACCAAACUCAGGUCCUAAAUAACUUGAAGAAGAAAGAGAACCUGGUAGAAGACGAAAAGACGAGGAAGAAACGGAAAAUCAGCGGCCCAAACCCGUUGUCUUGCAAGAAAAAGAAAACGCCGAGAGGACAACCCAAAUCGGAAGAUUCGCCCCAAAAGAAGUCGAGAAGACACAAGAGAGUCAAGGUUGCCAGGCAUGUGCAUGAAGAACUGCUCAAAAAAGUCAUGGGAUCUCAAUAAUGCUCUGUACAUUCAUGUAAAUAUAUACUUCAUUUGAGACUGGAAUAAACUUCACAAAAUUUUA